AGUUUGUUACUGGCUUCAUUGCUGACUCGUGUAGAGAAAUGCUUGCUUAUCUCGUAGUUAUUUGAACUGCUCAUUGCGAUAUCCCUUUACAAUUCAUAUUAACCAGAAAGCACGUUCAUUAUAUAAAAAAACGGCAAUGGAAUACAUUCAAAUGAUUAAUUUUACGAGAAAUGUAUAAACUAUUCACAUACGCGAAAGCGGAAAUAAACUACAUAUCCCAUGAGACGAAGCGACCGUGAGCGCGAAAGUUGGAGCCUCUAGAGGAGGAACCCGUUCUGUUCGUUUAGAACUUUUUGAAGUUACCGUAACUACUUUUAAAGCAUUUCCAGUAAGUUUUUGCAAGGAGUUCUUGUAGACAGUAACAUGGCUUCAUCAAAAAAUCAGGGAGAGUCUGCAGCAAUUGGAGGAGAACAGCAACAAUGGGUUGCCUCUGAACCAGCUUGUAAAAAAAGAGAUGAUUACCUGGAAUGGCCUGAAUAUUUUAUGGCAGUAGCCUUUUUGUCAGCACAAAGAAGCAAAGAUCCAAACUCACAGGUUGGAGCUUGUAUUGUGAACCCUGAGCAUAAAAUUGUCGGAAUAGGAUACAAUGGAAUGCCUAAUGGUUGCAGUGAUGAUGUCUUACCGUGGGCAAGGACAGCAAAAAAUAAACUGGAUACAAAGUACCCCUAUGUGUGUCAUGCAGAAUUGAAUGCCAUUAUGAACAAAAACUCUGCUGAUGUGAAAGGAUGUACCAUGUACGUUGCCUUGUUUCCCUGUAAUGAAUGUGCAAAACUUAUCAUCCAGGCAGGUAUAAAAGAAGUCAUUUUUAUGUCCGACAAGUACCAUGACACUCCUGAAAUGACAGCUGCCAGACGUUUGUUUGAUUUAGCUGAAAUUAAAUAUAUAAAAUUUACUCCAAAACUCAGCAGGAUAGUCAUUGAUUUUGAUGCAAUUAAUAGUGCAGGACAAAGUCAAAAUCUGUGUCAGUGAUGUCUCCUUGAAGUAACAGAAGGACUUGAAGUUGAUGCAUCUUCAGUCAUGUUUCCAACUUCAUCUUCAGUCAUGUUUCCCUUUAAUAUGAUUGACUUUUUAUUUCUGUUUUUUGUGCAAUAAAUAAAUAUGUUUGUACUCUUUGAAGUUUUGCUGCUAUGAGAUGAAUGUUUUACAAGAUUGUUUAACUCUUAUGGGAUUUGAUAUUUCAUCAGAGUUUUGGCUGUUCUGUAUUCCACAUUAUUGAAGAAAUUAAACAUGACAACAGGCUGCCCUA